UGUAGCAUUAUAGCUUCUUCGUGUUCUUCAGAUUCGAGUUUCAGCCAUUUAGGUAAGAAUCCUUCUUGAAUUUCUACUUCUUUCCCAGUGAGUUUCAGGCUUUGUUAGAAGUAACCAUGGAAGCAGUUAUCAAGGUUUUCUACUUGUUCAUCUCUGUUAUUGUUUGUACUUGUAUCUGUUAUGUCUCUGCUUUGAGUUCUGAUGGAGAAGCUCUGCUUUCUCUACUCAAUAACCUUUCAGUUCCUUCCUCGAUCAAUUCGAGCUGGAAAUCAUCCGAUUCCACUCCCUGUUACUGGCAAGGAAUAGAGUGUGACCCUACACACAGUGUGAUCUCGUUGAACUUGUCAAGUCUGGGGAUUUCUGGUACAUUGGGACCUGAGAUUGGCCGUCUAAGGUACCUAAAGACCAUUGAUUUUAGCGUCAAUAAUUUCUCAGGUUCACUACCAGUUGAAUUAGAGAGCUGUAGAUCUCUAGAAUAUUUGGAACUUUCAUCAAAUGUGUUCACUGGAGAGAUACCAGGAAGCUGGGAAAUGUUGAGGAAUCUGUCAUAUUUUUCCCUUUAUCAGAAUUCUCUGAGUGGAGAGAUACCUGAAUUCUUGUUCCAAUUUCCAAAUUUGGAAACUGUGUAUCUAAACAACAAUGGGUUCAAUGGUUCAAUCCCGUCGAAUGUAGGAAAUGCAACUGAGCUUGUGUCUCUAUGGUUGAAUAGUAAUCAGUUAUCAGGAACUAUACCUCCCUCUAUUGGGAACUGCACUAAACUGGAAGAUCUUUAUCUGAAUGAUAACAAAUUGGUUGGAAUUUUGCCCGACAGUCUGAACAACCUUGAAAACCUCAUUAAUUUGUAUAUGGAAACAAACAGUUUAAGUGGUAGGAUUCCAUUGGGUUUGGGUCAUUGUAAGAGAUUGAGUGCAUUGGUUUUAUCUGACAACCAGUUUAGUGGAGAAAUCCCUUCAAGCUUGGGCAACUGCAGUGGCUUGACGAUCUUUGCUGCUGUCAGUGAUGGUUUAACGGGGCAUAUUCCGUCUUCCCUUGGUUUAUUGACGGAGCUUACGUUUCUAUACCUUUCUGGAAACCAAUUGUCAGGGAAUAUACCGCCUGAGCUUGGGAACUGUAAAUCCUUGGAAGAGUUAAUGUUGAAGGAAAACCAGCUCCAAGGAGAAAUUCCAAGUGAACUGGGGAUGUUGAAAAGCUUAAAGCAGCUUCAAUUGUACACCAACCAAUUGACUGGAGAGAUUCCAACAAGCAUUUGGACGAUUCCAACCCUUGAGGUUUUCCAUGUUUAUAACAACAAUUUGUCUGGGGAAUUACCAUUGGAGAUGACUGAACUUCGAAACCUGAGAAACAUUUCAUUGUUCAACAACAAGUUUUCUGGAGUCAUACCCUCAACCUUGGGGAUAAACAGUAGCUUAUUGGAGUUGGAUUUCACUAACAAUUUGUUUUCUGGUGAAAUCCCACCAAACCUUUGCUUUGGGAAACAAUUGCAACUCUUGACCAUGGGUGCCAAUCUACUGCACGGUAGCAUAUCUGCAGAUGUUGGAAGCUGUCCGACCUUGAGAAGGUUGAUUCUCCAAGAAAACAGUCUCACUGGCUCUCUUCCACAUUUCAUAGAAAACCCAAACCUCUUAUUCAUGGACAUCAGUGGAAAUAAUAUAAAUGGGACAAUUCCUCCAAGCUUGGGGAGUUGUACAAAUCUUACAUCAAUUGACUUGUCUCGGAAUAAGUUGAUGGGGCCUAUACCUCCUGAUCUAGGAAACCUUGUGGGUUUGGAGUUUUUGAACCUCUCUUAUAACCAUUUGCAAGGCCCAUUUCCUCCGGAUAUCUCAAACUGUGUCAAACUGUAUUAUCUGAAUGUGGCUUCCAACUCAUUGAAUGGUUCAGUGCCCGGGAGUAUAAGGAACCUAACAGAAUUAACAAAUUUGAUUUUGGGAGAAAAUCGUUUCACUGGGGGAAUUCCAGAUUUCUUGUCAAAUUUUAAUAAACUUGUAGAGCUACAGAUUGGGGGAAAUUUGCUGGGAGGUAAUAUUCCAGCAUCAAUUGGAGAACUGCAGAGUCUGAACAUUGCUUUGAAUCUCAGUGGUAAUGAAUUGACCGGGCAAAUUCCAUCAGAGAUGGGGAAGUUGACUAUGCUACAAAGAUUGGAUAUUUCUUACAACAAUCUGACAGGAAGUUUAGCAACACUUAAUCAACUAGAGUCACUAAUUGAGGUGAAUGUUUCAUAUAAUCUCUUCACUGGUCCACUACCGGACGCAUUGAUGAAGUUCCUGAGUUCUUCUCCAUCUUCAUUCUUGGGGAAUUCUGGCCUUUGUGUUAAUUGUCAUCUAAGUAGUGCUGGAUCAUGUGGUCAUAACAUUUUAAGUCCAUGUCGUCAGUAUCAGUCAUGUGAUUGUAAGAAAGGCCUUAGUAAACUAAAGAUUGCAAUGAUAGCACUUGGAUCAUCUUUGUUCUGUGUUCUGGUGAUUCUCUUGUUGAGCUAUUUGCUUUACUGGUGCAGAAGAGAAUCAUCAGACAUUGAAAUCUUUGCCUAUGAAGGUUCAUCUCUGUUACUGAUCAAGGUGAUGGAGGCUACUGAUAAUCUGAAUGAAAGAUUCAUUAUUGGAAGAGGAGCUCAUGGGACUGUUUACAAGGCAUCGUUGGAUCAGGAGAAGAUUUAUGCUGUAAAGAAGUUUACAUUUGCAGGACAGAAAGAAGCACGUGCAAGCAUGAUCAGAGAAAUCGAAACUAUUGGGAAAAUCAGGCACCGGAAUCUUGUGAAAUUUGAAGAGUUCUGGUUAAGAGAGAAGUAUGGAUUGAUCUUGUACAAGUACUUGGAGAACAGAAGCCUUCAUGAUGUAUUACAUGAGCACAAUCCUGCUCAAAUCCUUGGGUGGGAUGUUCGUUACAGAACAGCACUGGGAACAGCCCAAGGAUUGGCUUAUCUCCACAACGACUGUAUUCCUCCUAUUGUGCACAGAGAUAUCAAACCAAACAACAUACUUUUGGACUCAGAUAUGGAACCUCAUAUCUCUGAUUUUGGCAUUGCCAAGUUCAUGGAUAACUCUUCCACUUCGAAUCGGUCAGCCACAGUUGCGGGCACUAUUGGAUAUUUUGCACCAGAGAUUACAUAUGCAAUGGGAAAGGGCAAGGAAGCAGAUGUGUACUCCUAUGGGGUCGUCUUGCUUGAGUUGGUAACCCGUAAAAAGGCCGUGGAUACUUCAUUACCAGAAGGCAUGGACUUGGUGAGUUGGGUACGCUCAACCUGGAUCAACACUGAAUCCAUCCAUGGAAUUGUGGAUCCUAGUCUAAUGGAAGAAAUCAUGGAUUCAACUGUCAUGGACGAAGUAAUUGAUGUGCUCUUGGUGGGUUUGAAAUGUACAGAAAAGCAGCCAAGUGACAGACCGCCGAUUAAAGAUGUGGUGAAACUGCUAAUAGGUGCAAAAGCUCAUCAUGGUCAGGAUAAGUUCAAACACUAAUUCACAAAUCCAACUAUCAUGUAAGAAACAGUUGAUGGUGGUGAAGUGUAGGGAAAGAGAUCAACAAUAACAGAUGUAAUGAAGAUUAGAA